GCAGGCAGAGACUUCACGGAAGACACACGCAGAAACCCUGUCACCAGUAGCGGUUCCCACAUCAUCCAUGCCCCCUCAUGCCAUCCAGGCCACCCCGCCGGCUGAAGGAGAGGGUGCACUCUCUGAGAUGAAGUAUGAGGGAUGGCACAAGAUGUGGGAGUCUGGUAGCUACGGUCUGCCCACACCGGAUCAACAGUGGCUGAAGGAGGACGAGGAGCGGGGGCUCUUCCAAAAGCCCAUGUCUUACGUGGACAAAAACGGGAGAACGCGGUGGAGGAGAAUCCUCAAGGAUGACCGCAUGUGGUUUUUCCCACCCGAGACCCCUGGCGUGGUAGGGGGGAGAGUGCCCUCGGCUGACGGCUUUUUUAAGAGCCGGGUGUUUUUUUGGAGACCAGUGGGGGUGUGGCGGUACGGUCUUCGUUGCCCUAGGCCUGAGUGUCCUGCGAGGGACAAGACCAACGUGUUCCUCUACAGGUGUGGGUACUCGAAGACCGUCCGUCAGAUCUGUGACGUGGGGGGCUGGUACUCCAUGCUGACGGAGGUUCUGGCCUGCAACGCCUGCCGGAAAGCCGCCAAAGACUCGGAGGAGCACGCCAUCGGCCGGUUCCUGUCGUGGGAGGAGGGUGUCUUGCGACAACUGACUCCAGCGCACAGAGCCGUAUUUCCGGCCGUGUUAACAUUACGGCGUGGUGUGGACAAGGCGGUGAUCCGCCUCCUGAGGGACCGCACCGAGGGGAACACCAUGACCAAGGUGUGGAGGCAGGUGAUGGAGGGUCAUUGUGAGGAGUACCUGCAAAGGAAGGACCUUUACACCACACUCCUCACCCAGUACACGCAACCUGGAACGAUAACAAGCCUCCUGACUCCCCAGUUCCAGCGACCCCCACAGAGGAGAGAGCUACCCUCGCCUAAGCUGCUGCGGAAAGCGUUCCUCAUUGCUGAGGCGGAAAACAUUGAGGACUACCGCACGCAGAUCAUGUCCACGUUCGGCAAGGUCCUCAAGUACGACUCCACAAAGAAGAUCUGCAAGAAGUUGUCGGGUGACGGCAAGGGCACUGCGGAGUGGUGCACCAACGUGGCCAACGAGCGGGGGCAGAUCCUCAUCUCCGUCCUGACCUGCGAGGAGUCGUUGGACAAGAUGAGGCCGAUGGCUGAGGGGCUCAUGGCAAGGUAUGAGAGGGCAGGAGAGGCACCGCCUGAACUGUUGUACGUGGACCGUGGCUGCUGUCGUGUCCUGGGUGUUUCCUCGGUGGAGCAGCUGUUCAGUGGAUGGGCAGAGGCAGGGAUGCUCGUUCGUCUGGACGUGUUCCACUGGAUUCACCGCUUUGACGCCGCCCUCAGGACCGACCACCACCCCAAGUACGCCCUCUUUAAGUCGGCGUUGUCUGCUGCGGUCUUUGCAUACAACAAGGACGACAUGGCACUUCUCCUGCACGCGAUUCGUGCCGGGCACACAACCAGGUAUGCCUCCCUGACCGACGGUGAGCUCAUGGAGACGCAUGUCACCAAGCGCGACCUGAGCCACUACGUCAGGAGGAUCACUGUUGGGGCCCAGGAGACGUUUGCGCGCGUCCAGAGUGCCAUCGACAUCCUGAAGGGCGGCGCUGGGAUGGACGAAAACCAGGUCCAUCUCUUCAAAGACGCCGCAGCAGUGGAUCACGUGUGGGCCAACCAGCAGAAGCACCUGGAGUGCAUCCAGGAUCCACCGGGGCGGAACAUGUACACCGUGAAGAGGUACGUCAUCCGCAACGGUGUGAGGCUUCCGCACUACACCACCGUGAGGGGGAGCAACAGCCUGGAGGGCUUCCACUCCUUCUUGCCCCGCAUGAUCCCGGGCCCUCACUGUGCUGCCGUACCCUUUCAGGUGUACCUCCUGGCCGGCAUCGCUCGCUGGAACUCUGACAGGGAGUCGGCGAGUGUGAGAGGGCAAAAGGGAAGGAGGCACAUGGUCUACCGGUCUCCUCUUGUCCACCGCCUGAACCAGCGGUGUCAGGAGCUGUUUGGGGAGGUGGAGGAGGUGAACUACAGGCCUCCUGUUCCAGCUGGUGAUGAGCGGAUAGGACUGGAGUACCUGUUUGCUCAGUCUGCUGCCGAGCCAUUCAGCGCCCCUGACCACUACGUUCAGGCCCGUGAGGCGCUCCAGCAGGCAGAGGACGAAGGAGAUGAUGAGGUGGAGGAAUCCCCAGUGGAUGCGGAGGAGGUGGAGGAGGUGGUGGUGGAGGAGGAGGAGGACGGCGAUGCAGGCUACACCUCUGACGGUGAGGGUGACACACUAACACCGCUCAGAAAGAACAUCUCCCUCACCGACCAGGCCGUGGCUGCCGAGCUCGACCCCUGUGUGGAGGACGUGUGCGGGCCCAGCCAUCUGCCGGGGUACGAGCAUGUCGAGGAGCUGAGCCGUGUCCUGGUUGGCAUUGCCUUGGAGGAGGGGAAGCUUGCCAUCACCAACUCCACCAGGCAGAGAGUCAUCGCUGCAUGGAACAAGCUGGACCUCCACGACAGAAGCAUCCAGCAGUUUGACUCCCUGUACUCUGCUCGCUGGGGAAAUGCCCUCUUCAGCCGCACAAGUGGCGAUCCAGCAGAGUCGGCGUUAGUACAGAAGCUGAAAUUCAGCAAGAGGUACUCCGCCGCACAUCUGCUGGAUUCCAGGAAGAACAGGCUGAUGUACUGCAUCAUCAAGCAGCUCUGGCUCCAUCCCAGCUGUGGCGGCAAGGCUCGAGGGUCACCACAGAAACAGCAGAUCACCUCCAUGUACCAGCGGGUGCAGCAGAGGGUGACUGUGGAUGACGCCGAGCUCAGCAGGCUGGGGAUUCCAAUCCUAAAAGUUAACAGCAAGUGUGUGUCCGAGUUCAUCCGCAGACAAGAGGCCUUGUCUGCGAAGAACGUCACGGACCAGGGGUUGGAUGUCCUCCGUCGCCACCAGAGCGUAGCGGGUGAUGAUGACACCGCCACUCAAACCCCUGCACCAGAGUUGCCAGUGGAGAGGCCCCACACCAGCCGACCUCAGGUGGAGUAUGAGGUCACGCCAUCUUUGGCUGGAACGCGACUGCUCAAAGCCAGAGUCCCCCGCCCCGUCCCCUGCCCCAUCCUUCCUAAACCAGCAGCAGUAACGCCAUUAAGCCAAACCAGUCUCCAAGCCACCCAGUCCAGUCAGGGAGUGAUGCCCGCAUCAGUGAUACUUACCUUGUCCACGGUGCAGGAUCCCACGCCAUCCGCUGCCUCGUCCUCGUGGUCCCAGGCUCCCACGGCAACUGCUGCUGCCUCAUCCUCGUCACAGGCGUUAUCUAGAUCAACGAUCUAUAAAAGAAGACAAGAUGAGCGCGCAGGGUCUGGACCGCCACGCCAGAUGAAAGCUUACGCCUGUGCCCUCUGCGGCCAGCUCACACAAGGCCACAGAAAGUACAGGAAGAAGACCUUCUGUGAAGCUUCAAAGUCCUCCCCAUCAAAGGACUUUUCUGGUCAGACAUUUCAGACAUUUGGGGACUUUCAGAAGGCAGUUGACAGUCUUUUGGGUCAGUCACAGGCCUCUGAGUGA